GUCGGUCCUCGGCCAGCCGCGUUGUGCACCGCGUCGCGUUCGCGCGCGAUCGCGACAUGCACGCCUCCGCGAUGGCGUUAAGAGGAAAUAGCGCGGGUAAGCAUCAUGCGCGGCCCCGAAGCGGGGGAGCGAUGCGAACGAGCGCGACGUACACCGGCGUCCCGCCAUCGCGCGCGACGACGAAAGUCGUCUCCAUCGAAAAGAUGGAUGACUUCACGCGCCUCACGAUCGUGAUCCCCUCGAACGCGGUCGGCGCGGUGCGCAUGGGAACCUCGGUGUCCGUCAACGGCGUCCCUCUGUGCGUCGCGAGCGUCAACGAAGACUCGAUGAUCUUUGGCAUCUCGAGCUCGUCCUCGCUCGCGGCCACGCUGAGCGCGCUGCCGCAGACCGUGGACGUCGCGAUCGAGGUGGAGGAGGGGUUUCAUCGCGUCCCGGUGAACGAGCCGCCGCUCAGCGACACCGCGACGUACGAGCCGUCCGUCGAGGUGUGCGUCAUGCAACACCCCGGGGCGAUCUGCUGCACGCGGUCGGAGAUCUCCACGGACGACGCGAAGCGGUCGGCGACGAUCACGGUCCACACGACGGUGCGACGCGCGCAGGGCGACGCGGGGAUUCACUCGGAUCAGAUGACGAUGUCGGAUUUCGUCGCGCUCGGCGCGCAAGCCAUCGCGGACAAGGCGGGGGAACUCCGAGACGCCAAGAUGCAGGACGUCGUGGACAAAGAGGCGAAGAUCAUGCACGAUCGCAUCCAGCAGAUUUUGCAGAACGGGAAGAUCAUCUGGGUCGAGGCGAUGCACGAGGUCCAGGGGAAGUACGGACACCCGUGCUACAAGUUGAAGCUCGAGUGCACGAAGGGCUCGGGCGCGGUGAUCGACUGCGUGUUCAAGCCCGCGAUCGAGGGCAACGGCGAGGGGUGGCACCGCGCGGGGAUGGAGUACGUCGCGUACAAACUGUCGAGGAUGCUCGGCAUGGACUCCGUGCCGCCGUGCGCGUACCGCCAGCCCAGCGCCGGGAUCGAGCUCGAUUAUAAACACUUCGACGAGGGGGCGUUUAUGUACUGGUCCGACGACGCGGACGACUUGGAGAAGACGGCUGGGUUUCAGCAGGCGCUCGACACCGGGGCCUGGGGCGAGGGCAUCGACCCGCGGGUGGUGCUCUCGGACACGCGCAUAUUAGACGUGCUGCUGCAAAACAGCGAUCGGCACGCCGGGCAUUUCUUGUUCGGGCGGCACUGGACCGACGGCGGGCCUCGGCCGGGGUCGGAGAAGCCGCAGAACGUCAGCGCGGUGAUGAACUCGAACGUCUCGGACGGGGAGAAGAACGAUAUCAUCAAGAGAGCGGUGAGCUUGGGCGGGAAGAUGAAGCGGCCGGUGCUCAUCGACCACGCCGCGGCGUUCCGUCCGGAGGCGUUCGUGAGCAUGGAGCACGAGAACGCGUUUCAGACGGGGCCGACGAGGUGCGUGGACUCGAAGACGUAUCUUCGUCUGCGGUUUUUAGACGCCAAGGCCAUCGCGGACGAGCUCGGGUUCGUCCUCGACGCGGGCGAGCAGGCGCAGCUGCUGGAGCGGAGGGAUACGAUCCUGGCGUAUCUGGAUGAUCUCGUACAGAAAAACGGCUUCGAAGCGACGGUUAUCAACAGGUAACAUCAGGUGAAAUAAUAAUAAUGUAUGUACAAGACCCAAGUAAGAUAGAAGGGUAGGGACGCGGGCGGGCGUUGGGGGGCGUCGAAGCGCGCAGCACGGCGACGAGGAGGAGACGAUGACGUGGCGAGAAAGACACGCGGUUGUUGUUGUACACCUAAGUUGUUAUGAUACUACCGACUACGGU